UGAUCAUAUAGCUAAGCGAUCGCAUUGUUAUUCUAAUAUCUCAAAAACAAAAUUCAACAGAUUGAGUUAUGGUGCUCGCCAAAAUGUAGUCCUGUUUUCAUAGUUUAUCUGCUUGCAAUAUCAACUCUCGAUAUCAUGUAUUUACUCUAUCGAACUAGACAAGUCAAAAAUGAUGUAUCUCAAUUUCACUCAAAAUUGUUCAUACACUACAUGCAAAAAUAAAAUACAUGAUUAAGAAAGCUGAUAUUUUGAACAGGACUACCUAUUUGCAAAAAUCACAGCUCAAUCUAUUGAAAUCAUCUUGAGAUAUUAGGCAAACAUGGACGAUUAGAGUUAAAUGUUUCGAUGAAUUUUGAGCACUGCUCUAGAGGUGAUGGUGUGGUUUACAAGAGCCCUUCGUUAAGUGUUAACUUAAUUUUCUAGUUGAUCUCAAUGAUCCGACAUAUGUUGUUGCAUCACAACAUUUUCGACAAUUAUUUUAUCGAUAUGGUUCUCCUAUUCUUGUUCUUAAUCUUGUUAAAAAACGUGAAAAGAAAAAACAAGAAUAUAUUUUAUCUGAAGAAUUUUGUAGUGCUCUUGAUUAUAUAAAACAAUUUAUACCGGAUGAUAAUGGUAUACAAUAUUUAGCAUUUGAUAUGGCUCGUGUUAAUCGUUCAAAACAUCGACGUGUUAUGCCUAAAUUAGAUGAAAUAUCUCGUCGAUAUUUACAACAAACGGGAUUUUUUCAAAAUUUUCCAUUAUUAGUAAAUGACAAACAAUAUUUUUAUGACAAAGAAAAUGCAAUUAAAUUAACACCAUAUCAAACAUUUUUUGUACAAACAGGUGUUGCACGAGUCAAUUGUGUUGAUUGUCUUGAUAGAACAAAUACAGCUAUGUAUUCUAUAGCAAAAUGUGCUCUUGGAUAUCAGUUAUUCGCUAUGGGUCUUACUGAUUCACCACAUUUACAAGAAGAUUCUGCAGCUGAAUUAGUAAUAAAACAAUUAUUUGAACAUUCAGGUGAUAUUCUAGCACAACAAUAUGCUGGUAGUCAAUUAGUUCAUCGAAUCGAUACAUAUAAAAAAUUAACACCAGCUUGGUCAACACAAUCUCGAGAUAUUGUACAAACACUUUCACGUUAUUAUUCAAAUACAUUUUCAGAUGCAGAAAAACAACAUUCAAUGAAUUUAUUUUUGGGUAUUUUUCAACCAAAAAUAGGUCGACCACAUUUCUGGGAAUUAGCAAGUGAUUAUCAUUUACAUGAUCCACGAAUAACACCUAGUUAUAUAGCACCACAUUGUACAAAUAUUCUUGGUGAUGAUAUAUGGUUUUCAUUACCACUUGCAGCUGAACAAGUUUUGAAAUCAAACAAAGAUUGUCUUGAAAUUGUUUCAGUUAAACAUAAUGAUCCACUUGUUGAUGGUUUUAAUGAAUAUUAUCGUCCAAAUGAAUUAACAGUAUUUGAAGAAAAAUUUGAAUGGAAUAUGGAUUCAACUAAUAAAGAUUUAGCAUAUAACUAUACAAAUAUUCGUGAAUUUACACCAUUUUCUGUUCGAGAUAAUAAACAACGAAAAAGUAUGGUUGGUCUCAGUCUUACGGCUGAUGUUCAACAACGUGCACUUCUUCCAUCAUCAGCAUCAUUAUCAAAUCAAUCUCAAAAUUUAAAUCAAGAUCAAACAUCUGAUGAAGAUAUACUUGAUGAUACAGAUACUGAUGAAGAAACAUCUAAAAAACAAUUACCAAUAACAAAUAAAAAGUCUUUUAAAUUAAAAUCAACUAAUAAAUCAAUUAAUGAUGAUUCAACUAAUAGUGCAAUACAAGUAAAACGUCUUUUAAAUAUAAUAUUUCCAACGACAAAUGAUGUAUAUGGUUUUCAUUUGGAUGAACCAUCAACUGAAUCAUUACAUUGUUAUGAACAAUAUGCAAAAAUAGCACGUGAUGCAUGUUCAUUAUCAACAACAUCAACAAUAAAUAAUCAAUAUGUUCAGGACUCAUCUCUAUCAUCAAAUCGAUCAAUGUCAUCAAGUUCAAGUUUUGAAAUUGUUCCACCUAUUAUGAAUGAACGAUCAAAAUUAACACAACAACAACAACAGCAACAACAACAGCAACAACAACAACAACAACAACAGCAACAGCAACAACAACAACAAAAUCAACAAAUGGAACAAGAAUCAUUACAACAAUCAUUAAUGUCUAUGUUUGAUGAACCAAUCGUUAGUGAUGAGGCUAUUCGAAUUUAUGAACGAUCGGUAGCUGUAGCUCAUCAAGGACCUUUUGAACCGUCAGAUGUUGAUCGAAAAGUCUAUGAAACAUAUGUAGCUUCAUUGGCAAUUACUGUUCAAUCAUAA